AUGGACGGCCUCGGCGGACUGGACCUCUGCAAGGUCCCCGCGCAGACGCCUCCCGACGGCCAUUCGGCAAACUUUCUCGACCCGGAGUCGCUGCAGUCGGCCGUCACCGCCGUGGGCGUCGCCAUGACGGCCCUGUCGCUGCUAUUCACGACGAUCCGCGUCUUUGUCAACUUUCGAAAGCUACACGCGGCCGAUUACUUUGCCGUGGUCGGAACCGUCCUAAUAAUUGGCUUCACCGUCUUGACUGUGGCGUUUGGAAGAUAUCAGCGCCACCAGUGGGAUGUGCCCGCCUGCUGGUUCAACGCCGAGUACAUGAAGUUCCUCUUCGCCCAGAUGACCAUUUUCGGCCCCGCCGUCUUCUUCGCCAAAGCCGCCAUCUUCCUCAUGUAUCUACAGUUCUUUUCCAUCCACCGGCCCAUGCGCUUCGCCGUCUACGUCGGCCUCUUCAUCGCGGCCGGCACAUACCUGACCUCUGUGGCCAUUGCCGCCUACUUUGGGGCCCCGCGGCCCGGCCACACCUGGGAGUCGUUGUUUGCCAGCGAGCUUCCACUGCGCGAGUCAGUGUACGGCGUCGUCCAGGGCUCCAUUGCCAUCUGCAUGGAUAUUUACAUCUUUAUCCUCCCCCUGCCUAUUCUUGUGAAGUUGAAAAUGAGCCGAUCGAAGCGGCUCCAGCUCAUUAGUCUCUUUGGCACCGCCUUGAUUGCCGUCAUUGCCAGCGUCGUGGCCCUCGUCUACCGUACCAAACUCCUCCGCAUUGACGACACGACUUGGAACCAGGCGUGUACCUCGAUUGCCGUACUCAUCGAGAAUAACGUGGCCAUCGUCGUCGGUGCAAUGCCAGCGUUUGCCAGCUUCCUCCGGAUCCACGUCUCCGACUUGGUUCUCUUCCGCUCUCUGCGCUCCAAGCUGCGCCCCAACGGCAACAGCGGGUUCUCGCCCAGCAACUCCAAGGCGUCGUCUCCCAAAAAGGAGUUGGCGACGAUUGGGUCCCCCCCGCGUCAGCGCCUGUACUAUGAGCUUAGCGAGACGGCCCUCGUCAAGUCGCAGACUACCGUGUGCUCCAGAGGUCAUGGAGAUGGAUUCCCCGAGUCCCAGGUCGGCAAGUUUGGCAUCCUGCGGAGCACAGAGGUGACGCAAAAGUCACGCCCUCAAUCUGACAGUAGUUCGGUAUGA